AUGGCGGCGUACUGCAAUGAAGUCCGCAAGCUCGAAGACAAGUUCGACGGCCUGGAACUCAACCAUGUCACUAGACGUUUCAAUGAGGCAGCUGACGAGCUGGCGAAGGCGGCAUCCGGCCGAAAGCCCGUCCUCGACGGCGUAUUCAUCGGUGACCAAUACAAGCCCUCAAUCCACUACACAAAACAAGGAGGGAUCGGCAACACGCCAUCAGCCCCGGACUCGGGAGCCGACCCGGGAGAGGUCGGCAAUACGCCAUCUACCCCGGACUCAGGAGCUGACCCGGGAGAGUUCGGCAACUCGCCACCUGCCCUGGACUCGAAGGCCGAUCCCUCUGACCCCGAGGUCAUGGAGAUCGAUGCGAACCCAACAGAGGGGCCCGACCCCCCGCCUGGCUGGAGAGCCCUGUACCUCAACUACCUCAUCCGUGAGUUGCUCCCGACGGACAAGAUAGAGGAGCUCUACAAGCGGAGCCACACUGGCAUCCUCCAGUGCUGCAUUCCGAUCAAGCAGGGAAAGGCGCUGAUACAGAACAUUCAUGCUGGAGCCUACAGCCACCACGCCACGCCAAGAACCCUCGUCGGGAACGCCUUCUGA